ACUUUGCGCUUUAUAGUAUAUACCUAGUAACUCUAGUUUAUGAACAGACUUUAAGCAGUCAACAACUGAAAAAUAAAGCUGUUACUACAUCUUCAGUUUUAACUAUGACUUCCAACCAAUUCCGGAAGGUGAUUGUGGACGUCGACGUUGGCACGGACGACGCCUGGGCAUUACUGCUACUGCUGAAGUGCGAGAAGAAAUUCAAUUUCAAGGUCGAAGCCAUCACCUGUACCCACGGUAACACGGAUGUUGAUAAUGGCGCCCGAAACGUUGUGCGAGUUCUGGCCGCAAUCGACAGAACUGACGUUCCAGUAUACAAGGGGGCAACCGAAGCGCUUGUUAUUCCGACACCAGCGAGAGAGAAACCUUUCCACGGAGUCGACGGGUUUGGAGAUCUAAACUUGGAGAUUCCUGACGAAAGCAUAAUUCGACCGGAACACGCUGUCAAUGAACUCGCCCGAAGAAUUCUCGCAGAAUCGGGUACUUUGUCGCUAAUAUUUAUCGGACCUCUUACAAAUUUGGCCCUCUGUUUGAAAAUGUAUCCAGAGGUACGGGAUCAGAUUAAGGAUCUUUACAUCAUGGGCGGAAACCGGUACGGGAUGGGUAACGUUACUAAAUCAGCUGAAUUCAACUUUUGGGCGGAUCCAGAGGCUGCGAGCGUAGUGUUCAACAACAUUCGCUGUCCAAUCACACUGCUUCCGUGGGAAACGUGCCUGUCGGAACAACGAACCAUACCAAUGGAUUGGCGGAUGACUGUCGUGGGUAAAUCGACCAACAAAGCAGUACAAAUGUUGAACCUGGCGGAAGCGGAAAUUUUCGCCGAUCGUCCAUUUUGGAGGCCAUGUGAUGCGUUUCUGGCGGCAGUUUUUGUUAAACCUGAAAUCGUUAUUCACACUGAAAACUUCCACGUCGAUGUUGAACUAAGUGGUAGGUUAACAAGGGGCCAGAUGGUUUUAGAUCAUUUGAAGUGUAUGCGUGAUAAUGUUCGACUUGUUGAUAAAAUUAACACCGAUCAAUUCAAGCUAUUGAUGUUGUAUGCUGCCGAUCAUAACGUUGAAGAUUUAAUCUAAUAAAUAAAUGCACGUACAUCUACAGAAAAAGAGAAUG